ACAAUGAAAAAAAAAAAAAAGUUGGAAGUUAAAUCACGGAAAAGAUAUGUGUUGCUGCUUAAUCUUGCACAAGACUGACGCGGAGGAUCUGUGAGAGAGAGAAGGAGAGCAGCUUCUUUAGAUAGUUUCUUGUCUUUUGUUCCCCUGUCCCUAACGAUAUGGAGGCAGCCAUUAAGACGUUGGUGACCACAUUUAUUUCCACUUCCAAGGGGAAGGAGAACCUAAACAAGAAAGAGUUCCAGAAACUGGUAUCUAACCAGCUUGGCUCCAUCAUGGAGGAUACAGACAGCACCUCUGCCGUUGAGGAGCUGAAGCGGGGACUGGAUGACAACAACGAUGGAAAGGUCAGCUUCGCGGAAUACCUCACUCUGAUUGGCUACGUGGCCACUUCCCUCAGUCAGAGCAAGUCUGGAUCCAGUGCAGAUGCUUCGUAGAUGUUUGUGGAGCUGAAAUGUUUGGAGGAUCAACAAAUUAACAGCCUUUUUCAUGCUUUUUAAGUAUCUUUUCUCAUUGCCAAAUGUUCUAGACAUCAUGAAUAUUUUUUACAACAGUCUAUUAUCAUUUUUCAUACAGUUAAUCAAUCAACCAGUUGUAUAACACCUCACUGUCUGUCCAGAUCAACCUGUUUUUAAGUUGCAACUUAUUGAUCUCCUUUGUCAAGGACACAUUGAAGGACUCUGAGCUUUUUUAUACCAAUUAUGAAAGGAUACUUAUUGUAUUUUCAAAAUAAAAGCUUUAUAAAAUGAUCCUA